GGGGCCUGGGCGGGGCGUCAGGGCCGCGGGCCGCAGGUGCUGGUGGUUCUGGGCCUGGGCCUGCACCGGAUGCCCCUCGGGCCGCGGCCCUGAGUGGCGGCAUCUCCCCGGCCCCGGUCCUGGGCGGCGGUGGCCUGGCAGGAAGCCUAAGUGGGAUGCGGCUGACGCGGAAGCGGCUGUGCUCGUUUCUCAUCGCCUUGUACUGCCUCUUCUCUCUUUACGCCGCCUACCACGUCUUUUUCGGGCGCCGCCGCCGGGCCCCGGCCGCAUCCUUGCGGGGCCUCCGGAAGGGGGCGGCCCCAGCGCGGGAGGGGCGCGGCCGAGAACCAUCUACUUUGGGAAGUGAAGAAUGGAAUCCUUGGGAAGGAGAUGAAAAAAAUGAGCAACAACACAGAUUUAAAACUAGUCUCCAAAUAUUAAAUAAAUCCAUGAAAGGGAAAACAGACUUCCGAGUACAAAUCUGGGGCAAAGCUGCCAUUGGUUUGUAUCUCUGGGAGCAUCUUUUUGAAGGCAUACUUGAUCCUACUGAUGUGACCGCUCAAUGGAGAGAAGGAAAUUCAAUUGUAGGAAGAACACAUUACAGAGAAGAAGGGAGAGGAAUAGAGUCAGAAACAUCGAUGAGAAACAUCGAUCAGCUGCCUCCUGCACGCCCCCUACUGGGGAUGUACCCACAACCAAGCUUCAUCACUGGUCCAGCUGUAGUCCCGGGGUACUUCUCCGUUGAUGUGAAUAGUGUGGUACUCAUUUUAAAUGGAAGAGAAAAAGCAAAGGUCUUUUAUGCCACCCAGUGGUUACUUUAUGUACAAAAUUUAGUACAAACUCAAAAACUCCAGCAUGUUGCUGUUGUUUUGCUUGGAAAUGAACAUUGUAACAAUGAAUGGAUCAACCAAUUCCUCAAAAGAAAUGGAGGCUUUGUGGAGCCGCUUUUCAUCAUAUAUGACAGCCCCUGGAUUAAUGACAUGGAUGUUUUUCAGUGGCCUUUAGGGGUAGCAACGUACAGGAAUUUCCCUGUGGUGGAGGCAAGUUGGUCAAUGCUGUAUAAUGAAAGGCCCUACUUAUGUAAUUUCCUAGGAACUAUUUAUGAAAAUUCAUCCAGACAAGCACUCAUGAACAUUUUGAAACAAGGUGGAAUUGAUAAGCUCUGUUGGGUCUCAGUAAGAGAACAGUGGCAGCCUCAGGAAACAAAUGAAAGCCUUAAGAAUUAUCAAGAAGCUUUGCUUCAGAGCGACCUCACACUGUGCCCAGUAGGAGUAAACACGGAAUGUUAUAGAAUAUAUGAGGCGUGCUCCUAUGGCUCCGUUCCUGUGGUGGAAGAUGUCAUGACAGCUGGCAGCUGUGGAAAUACAUCUGUUUCCCAGAAUGCUCCUCUGCAGUUACUCAAGUCCAUGGGCGCUCCCUUUAUCUUUAUUAAGAACUGGAAGGAACUUCCUGCUGUAAUAGAAAAAGAGAAAACUAUGACUUUACAAGAAAAAAUUCAAAGAAGAAAAAUGUUACUUCACUGGUAUCAACACUUCAAAACAGAGCUAAAAAUGAAAUUUACUAAUAUUUUAGAAAGUUCAUUUUUAAGGAACAAUAAAGGUUAACUAUUAAUUAUC